UAAUCAACAACCAAAACAACAACAACAACAACAAAUAAUUAUCGAUUCAGAAACAAUGUUAAAAAAUCCAAAUCUAAAUAGCGGUAUUUUGAAUCAAAUAACCGAUUAUUCACCGGAAUGGUGUUAUACUGAAGGUGGUAUAAAAGUUCUUGUUGCUGGCCCCUGGUAUAAUGAUCCAAAUUCAAAUAAUCAUUAUUCAAUUUUAUUUGAUUCAAUUCCAGUACAAACAGAAUUAAUACAGAAUGGUUUAUUAAGAUGUUUUAGUCCAAAACAUCAAUCGGGUUUAAUAACAUUACAAGUUUCUUGUAAUAAUAUUAUUAUUUCUAAUUCAGUUAUAUUUGAAUAUCGUGAUUCUAAUAACAACAACAACAACAACCAAAGCAACAACAACAACAAUAAAUUAUUGAAUCAAAUGGAUUUAUUAAAUCAAAAUUCAUUGAAAUUCAAUUCUACCACUACUACUACUACAUCAUCAUCAUCAUCCGGCCAGAAUUCAACGUCAUCCAUAAUCAAAAUUAAACAACCUUCAUUGAUGGAACAAAUCAAAUCAGAAUAAUAAUGAUGAUGAUGAUAACUUGGCAAAAUUCAAAUUCAAAU